AUGAAAAUACACGAUACAAUCCCGUUCCAAGCGAUGCUGGCAUUUGUGUUACCUUUCCUUGUGAUGAUGGUGCUUCCUACUGGUGUGACAUGUUUUCAUCAGCUUCUCGCUUCAGUUUCGCAAUCUCCAAAAAUCAUCAAUCCAAAACUCCCAAUUCAUUUUCAAAUGAAAUGGAGAAUUAUUGCUUCGACGAAUAAUAAUGACAGCAUCCCUCUCUAUUGGAAUCCAUUACCUCCAAAUGGAGUCAAAUACAUGAUAGGAACUGGUAGCACGUAUUACAAUUUUGAUCAUAAGGCCAUGUUGGAAGUUUAUGAUGAUUUUUGUGUGCCAAUUUUUGGACCUCUAGAAGACAAAUUGAAUCGUUUCCGAUGUCACUUUCUUAAUGUCAAUCUCGCGAGUUAUUUGAUAUCAUUGGAUGAGUCACCAUUUCCUCCAUGUUGCGUAUUUGGAGCACAAGUAUUUCAUCCACCAGAGCCAGAUUUUCUCAAACACAUGGUCUACAAUUCAAGUGGAGAAAUUAUGGGUGAACCCGUCAAUUGGUGGGUAUUAGAUAGUGAUCCCAAUGAUCCUGCCGAACCAUUUGGUUAUGGAUUUUAUAAAAAAUCGUCUUCGUAUGGAGAAAUUCCUGCUGCGUUCUGGUUUCGAACGGUGAAUGGAUUUUCCAUACAAUACUUUUACAAAUUCGAAGAGAAAAACCCUGAUCCUGAUGUCUGGAGAUUGCCUUCCAUAUGUGUGAAUGCACCUUCAUGUGGAUAUUUGAAUUAA